CACUGGGCGAACCGUGAUACGAGAAUACUCCGUUUGUCACGGUUGCGACCACCGACGAGGACAAUGGCGGGUAAUAAAAUCGGUCGUGACGGUGGUUUACCGGCAGAUCUCACCGGAAUGACCAAAAGUCAGCUCUACGAUAUCAUGUCUCAAAUGAAGGCGCUGAUUGAUCAAAACUACCAACAAGCGAGGGAGAUUUUGAUUCAGAAUCCUCCUUUGACGAAAACUCUUUUCCAGGCACAAAUCAUGCUUGGAAUGGUUCAGCCUCCUCAAGUGAUUCCGAAAGUUGAGCCUCAAGUCUCGCAAACUAUACCACCAAAGCCAAAUGUUCAAGCUCAUAUUUCUUCAGUUCAAGGCGGAGGCGGAUUACAAGAGCCAGCACCUGCAAUGCAGCCACAAGCCCCUAUUAGAAAACACCCGACGCCACAACCGAUGCCUAUGCCUCCGCCUUCUGUUUCUACAACCAUCAAUGCUCCAUCACAGCCACCUUUCACGCAUCCCCAGCGUCAGGGACAUCUGAAUCCUGCUGGCACUUCUCUGUCCCAUCCACAAUCUUCUCAGGUUCAAAGCGUGCCUCCUCCGGUUCCCCAUCAUCCGACAUCCCAACCACCUCCGUUUCAUCAUCUUGAUAUGCCAGCCUCCUCGACUCAGUUGCAACAACAACAACAACAACCAAUGCACUCAGGUGGAGGUUCUCAUUUGGCUCAGCAACAGCCUAGACCAUACCAUCAUCAGUUUGGACCAGCCCAGACUGGUCCAAACACUGGGUUUCAGCAUCAUGGCGCUCCUUCUCAGCAUCAUUCUCAACCUAUGUUUCAUUCAGGGAACAGACCCCCUGCUUCUGGUGGACCUCAAUUCCCGCAGGGACAGCCACAUCUGCCUAGCCAGCCACCAUAUCAGGGAGGAGGUCAAUUUCGUGGAGACUACAACAAUAACCCAUUAGGAGGCCCCAUGGCUGCAGACAGAGGUCCUUCUUGGAUGGCUGGCCAAUCGGAGAGCUCAAACAUUACUCAUCUCCCAGGCUUAGGACCGAUUCCUCCACCAAGCCAAGUUGGCCCUGGAGGCGGCCCACCACCUCGGCCUGCACCGAUAUCUGCAGAGAUGGAGAAGGCAUUACUUCAACAGGUGAUGAGCUUAACACCAGAGCAGAUCAAUUUGCUGCCACCAGAACAGAGAAACCAAGUCCUUCAGCUUCAACAAAUUCUUCGACAGUGAAUUUCAUUGAUACUAUGAUCCUCUGGUCUCCGUGGUAGCACUUAGAAUAGAGAGGUUUUGGCUUUGAAUGUAGUAAGGUCGCAGAAAAGUUUGGGAUAAUUUGUAAAAAAGAAAAGUAAUUAGUUUCUUUUUUUCAAGUUCAAGGCAUCACUUAUACUUUUUGGUCAUAACUCCCUGAAGAAAAUCUAUGUGGUUUCUCAAUUUGAUUUACUGUUCGGUAACAA